CACGAGGGGAGGGGGGGAAGCAGAACCCAAAAUCCAAGAUGGCGGACGAGCAGCAGGAAACAUCACAGGGAGAGAUGGAGAGUGUGAACUGCCUCGCCUACGACGAGGCUAUCAUGGCACAGCAGGACCGAAUUCAGCAAGAAAUAGCCACCAGUAACCCAUUAGUGUCAGAUAGACAGGAUCUGUCUGUGCUACAUGGAGAGUAUGCUGAAGAAGAUACCAUCUACCAACUCAAGAUUAAGGAUCUUCACAAAAAAUACUCGUAUAUCCGGAAGACACGACCCGAUGGGAACUGUUUCUACAGAGCUUUUGGCUUCUCACAUUUGGAGUCACUGCUUGAUGACAGCAAAGAGCUUCAGAAGUUUAAAGCAGUAGCAGCAAAGAGCAAACUGGACCUUGUUAACCAGGGCUUCACUGAGUUCACUAUCGAAGACUUUCACAACACAUUCAUGGACCUCAUUGAGCUGUGUGAAAAGCAACCAGCUCUCGCAGAGCUGCUGGGCAGUUUUAAUGACCAGAGUGUGUCAGAUUACGUGGUGGUGUACUUGAGGCUGCUCACGUCCGGUUACCUGCAGAGAGAGCACACCUUCUUCCAUCACUUCAUAGAGGGAGGACGCUCCGUCAAAGAAUUCUGCCAGCAGGAGGUGGAGCCAAUGUCCAAAGAAAGUGACCACAUCCACAUCAUUGCCUUAGCACAGGCAUUGAAUGUGCCCAUCCUGGUGGAGUAUAUGGACCGAGGGGAGGGAGGAACAGUUAACCAUCAUGUAUUCCCAGAGGGCAGUGAGCCACGCAUCUUCCUCCUCUACCGACCAGGCCACUAUGACAUCCUGUACAAAUAAAGUCCCCCUUUGGGCUCAUUAUACCAACACCUGAGAAAACGGCCAUGAUUAUUCAUGCAUCUGUGUGAUGGCUGUUACCAUCCUAUUACAGAACAUACAAUGAACCAUUCUGCUCAGUAAACUUUCCCUGUACCCCCCUUCCCCCCAAAGCACCUAUUGAAUUAAAACUACCAAAAAAAAAAAAAAAAAGGAAAAAAAAAUGGGCAAGGAAUUCAGCAUUAGGGUUGUACAGUUUUUUCUUUUGUGGUUGUAAAUGUUAUCAACUUGCUUUUAGUUAGUGUUUUUGCUUUGUUACACUGAGUUACUUGAGUUUUAUUAAAGGGAUUUUCACCUUG